AAGGAGGACUGUUCUCCUGAACCCAGCUGUGUGUCCAUGAAGAGUGAUCGGUCAAUGGACACACCACAUAACUUCAGAAAGGAGGACUGUUCUCCUGAACCCAGCUGUGUGUCCAUGAAGAGUGACAGGUCAAUAGACCCUCCAUUAAACUUCAGAAAGGAGGACUGUUCUCCUGAACCCAGCUGUGUGUCCAUGAAGAGUGAUCAGUCAAUGGACCCUCCACCACUCUUCAGAAAGAAUGACUGUUCUCCUGAACCCAGCUGUGUGUCCAUGAAGAGUGAUGCAUCAAUAAAGCCUCCAUUAAACUUCAGAAAGGAGGACUGUUCUCCUAAACCCAGCUGUGUGUCCAUGAAGAGUGACGAGUCAAUAAACCCUCCAUUAAACUUCAGAGAGGAAGACUGUUCUCUUGAACCCAGCUGUGUGUCCAUGAAGAGUGACAGGUCAAUAAACCCUCCAUUAAACUUCAGAGAGGAAGACUGUUCUCCUGAACCCAGCUGUGUGUCCAUGAAGAGUGACAGGUCAAUAAACCCUCCAUUAAACUUCAGAGAGGAGGACUGUUCUCCUGAACCCAGCUGUGUGUCCAUGAAGAGUGACAGGUCAAUAAACCCUCCAUUAAACUUCAGAAAAGAGGACUGUACUCCUGAACCCAGCUGUGUGUCCAUGAAGAGUGAUCAGUCAAUAGACACACCACCAAACUUCAGAAAGGAGGACUGUUCUCCUGAACCCAGCUGUGUGUCCAUGAAGAGUGAUCGGUCAAUGGACACACCACAUAACUUCAGAAAGGAGGACUGUUCUCCUGAACCCAGCUGUGUGUCCAUGAAGAGUGACAGGUCAAUAGACCCUCCAUUAAACUUCAGAAAGGAGGACUGUUCUCCUGAACCCAGCUGUGUGUCCAUGAAGAGUGAUCAGUCAAUGGACCCUCCACCACUCUUCAGAAAGAAGGACUGUUCUCCUGAACCCAGCUGUGUGUCCAUGAAGAGUGAUGCAUCAAUAAAGCCUCCAUUAAACUUCAGAAAGGAGGACUGUUCUCCUAAACCCAGCUGUGUGUCCAUGAAGAGUGACGAGUCAAUAAACCCUCCAUUAAAUUUCAGGAAGGAGGACUGUUCUCCUAAACCCAGUUGUGUGUCCAUGAAGAGUGACGGGUCAAUAAACCCUCCAUUGGACUUCAGGAAGGAGGACUGUACUCCUAAACCCAGCCGUGUGUCCAUGAAGAGUGACGGGUCAAUGGGGCCUCUAUUAAACUUCAGAAAGGAGGAAUUUUCUCCUGAACUGAGGUCGCCUUCAGGAUUCGGCGACUUUUUUCUCUCCCUCACCGUGGCCGGCGCCCACGUCGCUGCAUCUCCCGGCAUCACCGCCGCUGCUGCUGCCCCGCCCAGCGUCUGCGCUGUUUCACCGGACUUCUCUUCAUCCGUGUCGGCGCUGCUUGCGCCCCUCCGCGUGCCUUACCAGCAGCUCCUGUCCCAUCAUCCCUGCCUUCCUCUUCAUCCUCACCCCUUUCAUCGCUAUCCCUCGCCACCUUCACCCUCGCUUUAUCAUCUUACCAUCAUCGUUUUUGUCGCCAUAAUCAUCGCCCUCAUUGUCUUCGCCACCAUCACUGCCAUCUUAAUCUUCAUGGCCAUCUUAAUCACCGUCUUCAUCACCAUUGUCAUCGCCACCAUUUCUGCCUUCAUUGCCUUUAUCACCGCCAUCAUCAUCAAGACCUUCUUCGUCACCACCGGCAUCGUCGCCACCAUCUCUGCCUUCAUUAACGCACUAAUUACCUUUAGUGCCAUCUUCGUCGCCAUCUACCGAUCAUCAUCACCAGCUUUGCCUUCAUCGUCUUUGUCUAUGAUCAUCUUUGCCAUGAUCAUCUACCUACUUUUCUACACUUCCCCGGGUCAAGAGCUGGGGCAGAAAGUCAUCUCUCUGGUAAAGAAGCAGCUGAAGAGGUUUGAGAAGAUCCUGAAGAGUCUGGAUUACCCAGCAUGCUCUGGGAGAGAGGAGGAGAAUGAGGAGGAUGAGAGCGCUGUCAGAGAGGAAGCGCUGAAGAUCACACUGGACGUCCUGAGGAACAUGAACCAGAUAGACCUCGCUAACACACUGCAGAUCAAACUGGCUCCAUCGUGUCACCAAAAGCUGAAAUCUACUCUGAAGGAGAAUUUUCAGAAACUCAAUGAAUCUGCUCUCCUAUGGAUAACGACUCGACCAGCAGCAGCCAAUCAGAUUCCUCCUGACUGUAUUGACCAGGUAACAGAGGUACGAGGGUUUAGUGACCCUCAGAAAGAGGAAUACUUCAGUAAAAGGAUCAGAGAUCAGAGCCUUGCUGAAAGAAUCAUUACACACAUGAAGUCCUCCAGAAGCCUCUACAUCAUGUGCCACAUCCCAGUCUUCUGCUGGAUCUCAGCCACUGUUCUAGAGAGGAUGUUGGGUGAAGCAGAGGGAGGAGAGAUCCCCAAGACUCUGACUCAAAUGUUCACACACUUCCUUAUCUUUCAGAUCAAACACCGCAGCCAGAAGUACGAAAGAAAAAGUGAAGUUGAUCUUGACCAGACUAGAGAGAUUAUUCUGGCUCUGGGAAAACUGGCUUUCCAACAGCUGGAGAAAGGAAACCUGAUCUUCUAUGAGGAAGACCUGAGAGAGUGCGGCAUUGAUGUCGGAGAAGUGACCGUGUACUCAGGAGUGUGCACCCAGAUCUUCAGACAGGAGUUUGGGCUGCACCUUGGGAAGGUUUUCAGCUUUGUGCAUUUGAGUGUUCAGGAAUUUCUGGCUGCUUUAUAUGCAUUUCUGUCCUUCAUCUCCAACAACAGAAAUGUGCUGCAACAGAAGCACAGUGGAUUAUUUGAUUUCUCCAAAAAGGGAACAAUGUCUGACUUCCUGAAGAGCGCAGUAAACAAGGCCUUACAGAGUGAGAACGGACACCUGGACCUUUUCCUCCGCUUCCUUCUGGGUCUCUCACUGGAGUCCAAUCAGACUCUCUUACGAGGCCUUCUGACCCAGACAGAGAACAUCUCUCACAGCAAAGAGGAAGUAGUGGAGCACAUCAAGCAGAAGAUCAGGGACAAUCCCUCUCCAGAGAAAACUAUCAGUCUGUUCCACUGUCUGAAUGAACUGAAUGAUCAUUCUCUACAGCAGGAAGUCCAAACAUACCUGAACAGAGGAGGUUCCAUGGGUCUCAGUGGAGUUAAGCUCUCUCCUGCUCAGUGGUCGGCUGUGGCAUUUGUGUUGCUGAAUUCAGAAGAGGUGCUGGAUGAGUUUGACCUGAGGAAAUAUGGUGGGACAGAGGAAUGUCUUCUGAGGUUGAUGCCGGUAAUCAAAGCAUCCAGAAGAGCCUUUCUGUAUGACUGUAAUCUGUCAGAGAAAAGCUGUGAAGUUCUGGCCUCUGCUCUCAGCUCAAACUCCAAUUUAAGAGAACUGGACCUGAGUGGUAAUGAACUGCAGGACUCAGGAGUGAAGCUGCUCUCUGCUGGACUGAAGAGUUCACACUGUAAACUGGAGACACUGGGGCUGUAUAAGUGUAAUCUAUCAGAGGAAAGCUGUGCAGUUCUGGCCUCAGCUCUCAGUUCAAACUCCUCAACUCUGAGAAAACUGAACCUGGAUAAUAAUAAACUGCAGGAUUCAGGAGUGAAGCUGCUCUCUGCUGGACUGGAGAAUCCAGACUGUAAACUAGAGAAACUGAGGCUGUAUGGCUGUGGUAUUACAGAAGAAGGCUGUGCUGCUUUAGCUUCAGCUCUGAAAUCAAACCCCUCACACCUGAGAGAACUGGAUCUGAGAUACAAUAAUCCAGGAGAGUCAGGACAGAAGCUGCUCUCUGAUCUACAAAAGGAUCCAGACUUUAAACUGGAGAUACUAUAG